GAUGAUUUAAUUCAAGAUGAGAUAUCCAGUUCAUUGCUAUUAUAUGAGUUGAGAAUCCUUUUUGAAUCCUUUGAUACCAGCAAUAUUGAAUGGAAUGAUCCACUCAGCUUUGGUUGCAUUGUUGAUCGAAAUUCAGAUAUAAUUUUUGGAAAGUUGGCAGAAGAGCGAAAGAAGAAUUUGAGAGAAAUCGUAAAUUUGGUAUAUGAUCAACACGAAGUUAUUUCCGAAUUGAUUAAAGUCCUUUUAGAAAAAUCAAAAAGCUUGAAUAAAAGGGAAAUGAUGGUUUCACUCCCACCUAUACCAGCGGAUUUCCAAAGAAAUGAUGAGGAGUUUGAAGACAUAUGUGUGAUGCAUAGGAUCAUAGACUCAGUGACCGAAGAAGUCUCGGAGGCAUCCCAACAUCGGAUGGAUAAUUCUGGAGAAAUCAGAGUUGGACACAAACCCUAUUUUCGUGUGAAGUCUCCACUGAUUGCUGGUGAAGAUAAGUUAAUCAAGCUUAUGAAAGAUGCUCAUGUGCGAUUACUGAGGAAGCUCACUAGAGGAAGGGUUAGGGAAGUGAAGGAAAUAGAAGAUCUUAAUAGGGUGCCAGUUUUUGGAAGAACCAUGGCAUGUUGGGUUAUGACUAUGCCAUUUGGAGCCUUUUACUUUGUUCAACGUCUUUGUUCAGUACAAAUUCCUAUGAAUCGAGGCCAAUCUUCACUUGCCAGAUUUAUAGAUGAAUUGUGGAAAUUAAGGGCGUCUUUACGAAACCAUAUUCGCACCCUUAAUGAGAUUGUAGAAAAAUUUGAUGCAUCUUUAUACAACAUAGCUUUUUGUUCACUACAAUCUCGGAAAGAUGCACCCCUUUAUGAUGGAGAGUUAGUAACACCACGAUCGCCAUAG